UACUGAGAUUUCUGUGAAAAAUAUUUUCAGUAUACUGUGGGAUAAAAACAACUCAGGAGGAUCUUUAUAUGAUUUUUUUUUUCUUUUACCUUUUGAUUUAAAAGCAGGGAUGUUGUGGAAACACAAGAACAUUAUAAAAGUAGAUGGAGGUCCAUCUGGAUUAUGCACCUUACUAUGUUUCUCAGUAGUGUAGGUUUCUCGAUUGUAGUUAUGUCUGUAUGGCCAUAUCUCCAAAAGGUUGAUCCAACAGCAGAUGCGAGUUUCUUGGGCUGGAUUAUAGCUUCAUAUAGCAUUGGCCAAAUGGUUGCCUCUCCUCUGUUUGGUUUAUGGUCCAAUUACAGGCCAAGGAGAGAACCUCUUGUCGUGUCAACGGUUAUUUCAGUAGCUGCUAAUUGCCUUUAUGCCUAUGUCCAUGUACCUCAUUCACACAACAAAUACUACAUGCUGAUUGCACGUGCUCUUGUGGGAUUUGGAGCAGGAAAUGUAGCUGUGGUUCGAUCGUAUAUUGCAGGUGCCACUUCCCUUACAGAAAGAACAAGCGCUAUGGCCAACACCAGCGCUUGCCAAGCAGUUGGCUUCAUAUUAGGACCAGUUUUUCAGACUUGUUUUACACUUAUUGGAGAAGAAGGAGUAACAUGGAAAUUAAUUCGGCUUCAGCUAAAUAUGUAUACAGCACCAGUUCUAUUUGGAGCUCUCUUAGGAGUUAUUAAUAUCAUUCUCAUCUUCGCUAUAUUCAGAGAGCAUCGAGUGGAUGACAUGGGAAGACAAUGCACGAGUAUCAAUUUUGAAGAAGAAGAAACUGGUGGUCUGGAUCAGGAUGCAGACGGAAACAUCGACCAAGUUGCUGUUGUGUCAGUCAACUUCCUUUUUUUUGUCAUCUUGUUUGUUUUUGCUGUCUUUGAAACUAUAGCUACYCCAUUGACAAUGGAUAUGUAUUCCUGGACCAGGAAAGAAGCUGUUUUAUAUAAUGGAAUAAUMCUUGGUGUGGUUGGUAUUGAAUCAGUUAUUGUUUUCAUGGUGGUGAAGACACUUUCUAAAAAAACCGGUGAGCGUGCUCUACUCCAUGGAGGCUUAGUGAUUGUCUUGGUCGGAUUCUUUAUUUUACUGCCUUGGGGGAAAAAACUACCAAAUAUCCAAUGGCAAGGUAUAUUUGAAGUCAUACUAAACUGUAGUCUUAACAUUGUCUUGAAAGAUUUUUGUUGCAUUUUUUUAAUCACGUGCAUAUUGCUUGCUUUUACAGAAAUAAAGAAUAAUUCCRUUCCAAGGACAACUUUCAGUGAAAUGUUAAUGCCUUUCUGGAGUCUGGAAGCGAUGCAGCUGUCAUCCAACCACACCACAGAACCCACAGGCUGCCCUGUCUCCCAAGUCUGGUGCCUGAGCACUCCCAAGAUAUAUCUGGCCCAGUAUAUCAGCUCCGAUGUACUAAUAGGAUUGGGGUAUCCAGUUUGUAAUGUCAUGUCUUAUACCUUAUACUCCAAAAUUCUAGGCCCAAAGCCUCAGGGUGUCUACAUGGGCUGGUUAACAGCCUCGGGAAGUGGAGCACGGAUACUUGGGCCUGUGUUUGUGAGCCAAAUCUACACUCACCUGGGACCACGCUGGGCGUUUAGCUUGAUCUGUGGCAUAGUUGUACUCUCUCUCUUAGUCUUGGAGAUAGUAUACAAAAGACUAAUUGCAUUUUCUGUCAGAUAUGGAAGGAUGCAAGAAUAGUAUAUUUAAUACAUGUAUUAAAAAAAAAAAAAGGAAAAGGAAAAAAAAAAAGAAAGAAACACAGUAACAACCCCCACCCUGAAAACUAUUUAAUUGAAUAUUGCUUUUUUUUUAUGGGGAGUGCCUAAAGACUGACCUUGUUAGUUGUAUGCUAGGCAUUAUAGUUGUACUUAUAUGUUGAUUGAACAUGUCGUUUGGUCAUACCCUAAUAUGUCCUGUUACAUCUGUGUUAAUACAGCUUUUGCAUUCAGCUUUUCUAGCAGGAGAAGGAAUGUGAACAAGCUGAAUCAGUACCAUAGCACAGUUGAAGUGUGCACAGUCUAAAUGACACAUCUGUGUACUGAAUCGCAGUUGUGAAGGUCAUAAGUACAGCCUUUACAGAAAGAAGUAAAAUCAAUCUUGAUUCUGUGAAUCUAGAUUAUUAGCUCUUGUAACUACAAGAUUAGUUGAGCUGCAUGCACUUUGUAUGGAAACAUGGCUACUUAAGGAAGUGAACAUUUGGAUGUUCAGUUUGCUAAUUUGUAAGCAUUGAYUCAUACUCAUACAAAAAGACCAACUUUAGAAACUGUUAAAUAUCAAGAAAACUCCAGGAUUUCAAACAGAAUGAGACUGUGAGAAAUUUAGAGGAAGGUAAGUGCCUACUUCUCAAGUAGUUUGUAUGAGAUUUGGAUACUUAAGUGGGUUAAGAGCCUUUGCGGGGGGCAAAAAAAAAGAUGCCGUGGCUUUUACUUGAACUACACUAAACAUGCAGUUUUUCUUCUACAGUAUUGCUGAAUCCCCUUUUAUAACUAAAAGUACCAUCUGCACAGAGUUGAAUUAUGUGCAACCUUUUUUAAUCCUUCUAAAAGAAGGAGCUGCCAUCCCUGAUAAUCCCUUACAGUUAAAUGUCACUGGGAGAAAGGAAUACACUGGGCUAUCUGAACAACCAGUGCUAAUGUUAAUUAAGUCAARAAGGAGAAAAUUUUUGACUCCUUGGYUGUUGAUAAUUACGUUAGACUUAAAUUUCUGAUAAGAGUGUAAGAAAUGGGAAUUGAUAAUAUUUGAAUCAUUUGAUGUUUGUUUUUAUUUUAAAAACACMAAGUUUUCUUUUUUCCUAAUACAUGGGGCCUAGAGCAAUAUGUGUGGGUUUGUCUUUUUGGCACUAGCGGGGGUGGCAGAGAAGCCUUUUUGAAAUAAUUCCAGCACAUGAGCUGCUGUUUAACAYGUCCAAUAC